AUGGUGAACUACGGAGGAGAUGAGGUGUCCGCGCUGGUGAUUGACAUUGGAACUUCAUCCUUGCGCGCUGGAUACGCGGGGGAUGAUACACCAAAGGCCAUCAUUCCAACAUCCUAUGGAUAUAUCCCUGCCCCACCGGAGGCAGACGUCCCAAUGGGAGAUGGGACUGGAAACGGAGAACAGGGAUCAGCUACCAACGCCAACGAGGGAAGCCGCAAGUUUGCUCAAAUGUUCUUGGGACAAAACGGCCCUUCAAUGUGGAGGCCAGGCAUGGAGAUUGGGAAUCCUUUGGUGGAUGGUCUUAUUCAGGACUUCAAUCCUAUCACUCCGCUUAUCAGGAAUGCACUUGAAGAUGUCCUCCGAGUUGACGCAACUGAACACCCAAUUCUUGUAACCGAACCGACAUGGAACACACCCGCAAAUAGGGAGAGAAUGGCCGAGAUCAUGUUUGAAGAGUUCCAAGUACCGGCUUUCUAUAUUGCAAACACCGGCGUACUCAAUGCAUUCGCCGCUGGGAAGGGGUCAGCACUUGUUAUUGAUAUUGGACAAUCCAUGGCCAGUGUCACACCCGUCGUUGAUGGUUUUGUCCUCCGCAAAGGUCUUGCCUACACACCACUACCUCGCUUCAUACAUGCCCUCUCAAAAAACCUUCUCAUAAAUCAAACGCCCGUGAGGCCAGGCAUCGAGCUUUGGCCGCACCAGCUUAUUGCCACCAAAAGUCCUGUUGACAUCGGUCAGCAACCCAUCUUUACACUUCGACAAGAUCGCCUUGCUCAAACGACCGAGAGUUGGCGCUUGUGGGCAGAGGCCAAGGAAGUGGAUGAGUGGAUCCAGACUGUCGCUGCAGUGUCAGAACAAGGUUGGAAUGACCAACUAAUGGCGAGGUCGCUACCGAAGCAAUACGAAUUCCCUACUGGUUACGCUGCGAACUUUGGGCCAGAGCGUUACCAAAUCGGCGAACACCUCUUCCUGCCAAACAACAAUAAUCCCAACCAACCCAAAACGAUCCCCGCACUCGUCACCGAAUCACUCCGGGCCUGCGACCCAGAGCUUCGUCAGGUCCUCAUGGGUAACAUCGUCCUGACAGGUGGUGGCAGUCUGUUUACAGGAUUGGCGGAUCGUCUGAACGCGGAAAUGUCGAGGACGUUCCCUCAUACAAAGAUCCAUGCACCCGGCAAUCCUGUCGAACGACGCUACGGAGGUUGGUUGGGUGGAAGCAUUCUCGCGAGCCUGGGAACCUUCCACCAACUCUGGAUCAGCAAAGAAGAGUGGCAGGAACACGGAAAGGCUAUCGUUGGACAGAGGUGCAAGUGA